AUGGCACUACUCCUCUACUAUAACGCCUGCCACAAGGCGCUUAUCUAUCGCCCCUGCGAGGAGGCGGUGCCAUAUAUCCUAGUAAAUCGCCACCUUCGCGACAAGCAUGGUGUAACCGACGCAGCGCAGCGCCAACAUGAGAUCCAGGAUAGCCUGCCUCCCACUGCCUCCCCACUAGCAGUGCAUGAUGACUUUCACCCACUUCCACACUUUACACCUAUCAUCCCCGAACUUGGGACGCCCCAGCGUGGGUGGUACUACAGUGUCUGCUACUUCCUAGCUAUCCAGGAACGGGUAUUCCGCGAGCAUGUUCAACGCGCUCACGCGACUACUAGGACCCCGGCGCCUGACACCGAGGUGCUAGUCCAGAGCUGGUUCUAG